GUGGGCCAAAUAAGCCCCGCCCCCUGUAGAGAGCCGGCCUGGCUGCAAAGACCAGAGACAGACACGGACCAAGACCAGACAUCGUGUCCUCCUGUGGUUCGGGGAUCUACGCGCAGAUCCCGCUGCCGUCGCUGGAUCCUCGGUGACUUGGUGAAGACCUCUCUCUCGCACUUCUUCCUGUGUGUUGACCGUUUUGUCAUGGCGUCCUCCUUGAUCAGCCGUCAGUUUGCUCUCUCCCUGCAGAAAAACUUGUGGCUCAGUGCUCCAGCGUGCAGAUAUGUCAGCAAGGCAGCACCGAAGACCCAGGUGGAGUUUGACUACGAUGGACCUUCCAUGAAAACUUCAGUCCCUGGCCCACGAUCACAAGAGCUGACGAAACAACUGGGAGAAAUCCAGAAUGUUGGUGCAAUCAACUUCUUCUGUAACUAUGAGGAGAGCAGGGGGAACUACUUGGUGGAUGUGGACGGCAACCGUAUGCUGGAUAUCUACACGCAGAUCUCCUCCAUCCCAAUUGGCUACAACCACCCUGCUCUCCUCAAGCUGAUGGCCAAUCCCAGCAAUCUGAGUACACUUGUGAACCGACCCGCCCUGGGAAUCCUACCGCCUGAGAACUUUCCAGACAAACUCACUGAAAGUCUUAUCUCCGUGGCUCCCACUGGAAUGACUCGUGUUCAGACGAUGGCCUGUGGCUCUUGCUCCAAUGAGAAUGCUUACAAAGCAAUGUUUAUCUGGUACAGGAACAAGGAGCGAGGCCACAACACACCAUCUGAUGAAGACCUCAGCAGCUGCAUGAUAAACCAGGCUCCAGGUUGUCCAGGCCUCAGUAUUUUAUCUUUCAUGGGAGGUUUCCAUGGAAGAACCAUGGGUUGCUUGGCAACGACACACUCCAAAGCAAUCCACAAGCUGGAUGUGCCAUCAUUUGAUUGGCCGAUCGCCCCGUUCCCCAGACUGCAGUACCCACUGGAGGAAUUUACCAGAGAGAAUGCACAGGAAGAGGCUCGCUGUCUGGAGGAGGUGGAGGAUCUGAUCGUGAAGUGGAGGCAGAAGGGGAAGCCUGUGGCAGGGAUUGUAAUUGAACCAAUCCAGGCUGAAGGCGGAGAUAACCACGCCUCCCCAGACUUCUUCAGAAGCCUCCGCAACAUUGCACGCAAGCAUGGCUGUGGUUUCCACGUGGAUGAAGUACAGACAGGUGGAGGGACCACAGGAAAGUUUUGGGCCCAUGAGCACUGGGGCAUGGAUGACCCUGCUGACAUUGUCUCCUUCAGCAAGAAGCUUCUGACUGGUGGCUUCUACCACAAAGAUGAAUUACAAGCUGAUAAGCCAUACCGUAUCUUUAACACAUGGAUGGGUGACCCAUCAAAGAACUUGUUCCUGGCUGAGGUUCUCAAUGUGAUUCGCAGAGAAAACCUUCUGGAGGAGGUGACCCGCUCUGGGAAAGCCUUGCUAAACGGCCUUUAUGAGCUACAGGCUCAGCACCCCGGCAUACUGAGCCGCGCUCGAGGACAGGGAACCUUCUGUGCCAUUGAUAUCUGUGAUGAUGCAACACGCAACAGCAUCCUGCUGAAGGCCAGAGACAAAGGUGUCCUCCUGGGAGGGUGUGGGGAUCGAUCGAUUCGUUUCCGUCCAGCGCUGGUUUUCAAGGAGUACCAUGUUCACAUCCUCCUCAACAUCUUGAAUGACGUGUUGGCCCAGCACAAAUAAAUCCUGACCCUGAAGGAACCUGACUGACACUACAUGAGCCAGAGUUCAUCCAGAUUGGAGGGAGGGAAAGUCCAGACAGUACAUGUCAUCAUAAGCACAAUCCACACAAUAACUCAUACAGAACGCCCUUAUAACCCCUGUUUCAAGAUCCAGGGCCAGUUGGGUUUAUAACAGUGAAGACUGACCAGUCUUCAUCUCCUUAGCCAGAAAUAAUAAUAAUGAUGAUAGCCUCUCACUUUUGCUGCCAUUAAGAUGCACCCAUUCAGAAGAACAGGCACCGGUGGGUACCGUCGCAGUAACUGAGAAUUUCACACUUCAUGUUUCUGUAAAGUAAAUCUAUCAAACUCCAGAAUCUUUCUCGUCUGGAUUCAUAUGUAGGCUGACUUGACUAGCAGGAUGAAGUCAUGACAGACUGUUCGUCAUGUCAGCAAAUUAGCACCUUCUGUUUCACACCCUUUACUGCCUGGGUCAGCGGUCUGGUACAGGUUAGAUAAAUGUAAAUCAGAUGUUGAAGAUCCCAACUUUGAAUUAACCUCAUUUAAUGGCUCAGAACAAAGUCUUGCGUCCAGCUUCUUUCUGACUCACAGUCACUGAAGUGAUUAUAGUUGGCCUGUAUGUUUGUCAGUGAUGACUCUGUAGGAACACACAAUGAAGCUAAGCUGCCAGCCUGCAUGUCAUUUAAUGCUGUCCAUUAGAAAUGUCCUUGUUAUGAUUCUGACUGUUGUAUUGCUCUUAAUAGGAAUGACUUUUCAGCUUGAAAUGUUGUAGCCCAGAAACGUGUGAAUCUUAAAUGGACCACGAAAAUGUCAUAGAUUAUUUAGUGCCUGCAUGCCACUUAAAUGUGCUAAAAUUUUUCUUUUCUUUUUUUGGUAACUUUAAUUGAAUUGAAAUUCUGAACACAUUCACUUUAUUUUUGCACAAGAGCUUCAUAUCAGUUGCAAUUUUUAUUUCUGAAAACUGAUUAACUUUUCAUUUUCACGUCUCACUUUGAUUUCAUAUUUAACACUUCUCAUUUGUGACAGAACUGAGAGACAGUGUCGGUGGAUUAAGCAUUGAGUGAAACUGGUCAUUUUCAGUUUGCAUCAAGUUGCUUCGGAGACAUUUGUCAUAUAGACAACUACAGUGGCCCCUAAGGACAAAACACAUACAUAAGCAAAAGCACAAACAUUAAGGAACUGUGCUCCAAAUCCCAAAUUCAUAUAGCAUGACCUGGAUGACUGAGAAUCUUCAGUUAUGGUCAGUAGUUGUUAACAGGUAGCCACUCGGGCGCAUUACUAGCCCUGUUUGGAACUGUCUCAUCCACUGACAACACUUCACUUCAGACUACACUUUGAAAGCACUUCCGAUAAAGCAGAACUCGAGUGUGGCGUUUCAUUGUGGUGCGCCGAGCCGUAAUGGGCUCAUUACUGCCCCCUGAGGCCAAAGGGCGGAAAACAACUGCAGUUGUAGUGGCUGUUUUUCCCCACAAGGGGCAACAAUGAGCCCAUUCCACACUCGAAAAAGGCUAACUUCUCCUCCUCCCUGAGAUUUUCUGUGGGAACCAUCAGUGGAUGGGACGGACCAAACGGCUAGCUCGUUACCAAACUGUAGCUAAGUUGCUGAACUUGAACUUUAAGCACAGGUCUGUGGAGCAGGGUGGUCUAUAAACACACUAGAUCGUGGGUAAUACAAAGAUGUAUAGCACAUAAAGUCUUAAACAACUUUACAGCACAACUUUAAUAAAUACUUGUGGAAUUUUUAUUUUGUAAAUCUGCUCAAGCUGAGUUUGAGCCCUUCAUCAGAGUCUGCGAAUGUUCCAUGGAGCUUUUAGGCAAGUGUCAGGGAUGUGUAGCGGGUCAUAAAACGUGUUACCACAGUCAUUUCUUUCGGAUUAUUAACUUACUACAAUCUAAUAUAAACAUAUAUAUGAAUACAUUUCCGUCUUUUUCCAUUCAUGUUGCAGAAAUGAUAUCCAGUAACCCUAAUGUAAAUUUUUUCUUCCACAUAGCUCACAGAGUCAGUUUGUCUCGUACGAAUGACACUUAGUCCCACACCUCCAUCUGAAGUAGGGCGGGUGGGUCGCUCGGUGUGGAGGCGGAGCAAUACGAUGGUGAUGAAGCAGCACUGCCUGCCUCCAUGUUGUCGGUCAGUAUUACAUAGAGGAUCCAUGAUGACCUUCUUUAAAUGUUUUCGACAUUAACUAUCUGCACUUGUGAUCCAUGAUAGAUGAUUAUUGAUGUAAGAUGGCUCUAACUGUUGUCUCUAAAACAUUCUGUCCAUGUACUGUGAUAAAUAAAUGCAGUUUGGAGUAACUUA